CAGCAGAGGGCGCUUAGUCUUCAAAGAUGGCGACUGAACUGUUGAGUUUGUUUGUGAGUGCAACUGUCAACAGUGGACCCGCCAUCCACAUGCCACAUCAAGACUUUCCUUUUGCUGUGUAAACUGAACUCCUUUGAAGGGUCUGAAAUCUGUUAGUCAAGACAUGGAUUUUGUUGACCUUGACAAAGUGUUGGAUCAGUUUGAGGAAGAAGAAAAAGCUGCUGAUGAGCUGGUACCUGGGCAGGAGACUAAGCCUAGUGGGUAUGUCCAUUAUCUGGACAGACAACGGGAUAUUACCUGGACAUCUCUAUCCUACACUUUACCUCCUGAUGCCACCCCUUUCAAAGAGUAUCUGAGCAGUUUUCAGCCUUCUACUGGUUAUGAUAAUUCUUAUGAUGGUUUCAGAGGAAAUACAUCGAGCAAGCCAGCUGUGGAAUUUCAAGGCCCUGUUGGAGAGAAAGUGAGGACUACUCUAGGCAGUUAUCGGACUUCCAGCACAGACCAUUCUGAUCACUACCAUUCCCACAAUGGCAUCCCAGGUGUUUUGCCUGUCCAUAAUACUGAGCAGUCAGUCAGCCUGCAGGAGGAUACAUUACAGAUCAAAUUGAAACAGGACACCAUCGAGUCCUACAUGAGCCUUCAGCUGAAUGGUUCAACCUUUGAACAGACAAAUAGUGGCAACCUGGAUGAAGCCAUCAAACUGAGGUCAGGUGAAGAGAGUGAGAAACGAGGGCUGAUUGCAUCGCUGCCUGUGGGCAUUCAGACAGACAGUUUGUCACCAGCCAGCGAGCAAGAGUUGCUGUUCAGCGCUCUUCCCCGAACAGACAUUCUGGUCACUGGACAUGGAGAUACCACCAAGUCCGCAAAUGACAGUUGCAGUGCUGUGAAUGAAAGUGAGACCAUUAAUAUUUUUUCGAGUGAAUGUUUCUCAUACAAACAAGACUCAGAAAUGAGCACAAUAAAUGGGAGUGUUGCAAGACAUGACUCUUCCAGACUGGAUGUGGGCAGCCAGGAACAUAGUGGUGUGUGCACUGUGAAUGAGAGCCUUGGUGUAGGUCAGAAUGUGAUCACAGAGACAGUGGUUAUGGCAGACAGUUGUUCAGCAAACAGAAGCCCAGGUGCUGACCAGCAAGUCGAGAUUCCAGUUACUGUGGAAAAAGAGAGGACUUGUUUCCCUCGUGUGGAGAGCCAGGAAGGACGCAAGUGGGAUGAGAGCGAGGCAGGGUCGAUUCCUUGCCAGCAGUUUCAAGACGGAAGGACUCCUGGGGGCAUGCUUGAGAGAGAAGCAGAAGAAAAUCUUCAUUCAAAAGGACUGCAGCUGACAGACACCAUGGCUUUCCCACCUACAGAUGACCUUACAGUUAUAGGCUUCAGAGAGGAGAUGGCAAACAUGGAUUCUGAUGCUAUUGAAGCUUACUUGAAUGAUUUGGAGAGCUCACCUGACAUUGACUGGAACAACACCUUGUCAGACUGUAAUGUAGAUGUGAGUGAGUCAGGUCAUGCUCACAGCACAGAUCAGCCAGAUCCCAACCAGUGCAGACUUUAUAAUGCUGAACCUUCUCAUGCUGUGGUAAAUGAAAGCAGCCCCUCAGGAUCCAAUGCACAGAGAGAGUUAGAGUCUUACAAUUUGCAGGAAAGUUAUCUUCAUGGCUGCCCAGACGAUGCAGCAGUAGCACUGACAAGCUGUGGUGUCAUCAAGGUGCAGGAAGAUCAAAAAUUGUGUAGUCCAGAUACUAAUAACUCCAGUUUGGGGGGUUCUGAUACAGAGGCAGAAUGUAACCAUUCUUCUACCAUGCAACCUUUGGAUGUAGCGAUGGACCAGAGUAUGCAGGUGGAGGGUAAUGUGAAGAUAACUGCACAAGAUGAUGAGCUGACUGUACCAUAUGAUGCAACUGCUAGUCUGCCUGCACAAGAUGGCGAGUUGACUGCACCACGUGACACAACUGUUAGUCGACACACAUUUUCUUUCCCAAACACUGACUGUAGCAUCAACAUGAGUGCCCUGGUCAGGGGUAAGCUGGAGAUUGAAGGUCUGCUGGAUGAAAUGUUGGCGGCCAGGCGGAUGCAAGGCGAUUGCAGUGUGGUGAGAAGUGAUGGUGAGGCAAUACAAGCAGGCAGUGGGGAUGAGGUUCACAGAAGAAAAGCAGGGAGAGGCGAGGAUGACCCGUCACACUUGGGACUUCCCUCGCUGGGCUCUCACAAUACUGUGUUGCAGCAGUUGUCAGGGGCAGAUAAGCAAGCAGCUGAUUGUCCACAUCCCAACCAGAAUGGCACCAUUCUGCAGACAAUGGGCAUUGGUGCUCGCCCCAAAGAUCCCAGUCAGAUGAAGAAGAGUCGUCCUAAUAGCCUCUUGGGUCUGUCCAAGAUUUCUCUUGGGGUUCCCUUUGCUGGCUCUCAGUCCCCACAGGUUGGGCCACAGCAGAUAGUGAAUGGUAUGGCAAUGAUCCCUCCAUGUGAUCAAGUUUUGCCACCAGUGCAGGGUGACCAAACUCAGCAGAUCUGUCAUAAUUUUAUGCACUGUGGUGUGCAUGUAACACCAGACACCUCAUACAUACCUCCUUCUGAUAUUGGUCAGGAAAUUGACUCUGUCAUGCAUCCUGCUAGUGCCUCAGAACUGUCGGUUGGAGUGUCAGAGUUAGAUGCCCCUGUGAUGCGUCGACAGGAGGCUGCAAUGUUGGGCGAAGGGAUAGAUGUCAGCAGCAGCUCGCUGCGUCCCAGGUCCUGGAGUCCUACAACCUUGGCUGUUCAGCCUGCACAGAAAAUGAAGCGACCCACAAGCCUAAACCUUCCUGUUCGCCAGGAUUUAAGUGUGGCAGGUGGAUUGUCACCAGAGUCUGGCAACCAGCAUACAAAGAAACCUGGAACCUUUUCAGAAAAAGGUUCAGACACAUGCUCAUCAGAGGAUAGCAUUGCAGUUGGUGAUACCGGUGAUGUUGAUAGUGGAAGGAGAAGACAAGAGGAGAUAGAGACUUUUGCCUCAGUAGCGACAGAUGUUCAUAUGGACAGUGGUCGACAGCCAAUUCUUCACCUCAACUUGGGACGUGUGGCUCCGACAUGGGUGCCUGAUGCCGAAGCUCCAACCUGCAUGGAGUGUGAUGCACGUUUCACAUUCACAAAGAGACGCCAUCACUGCCGAGCCUGUGGCAAAGUGUUCUGUUCAACCUGCUGUAAUCUGAAAAGUCGACUUGCUUACCUGGACAACAAAGAAGGUCGAGUGUGCAUCCCAUGUCAUCAGAUGCUAGCAGCAGCUGAGUCUUGCAGGCCUGCGGGUGGCCCCUGUGGAAGUCCUAACCCUAACAACCCCACCGAGUACUGCUCCACCAUCCCUCCCACUCAGCAGGCCAGUGCUGGGGCCCCCUUGCCAACCGUCAUGGUGCCCACUGGUGUGCUCAAGCGUGAGGGAAGCAACAGGAAGAGUGAACCAAAGCAGGUGAUGUUCUCUGAUGGCAUUCGACCAGGUGGUGACCUUACAGAGCUCGAUGGUUCUGACCAAGCCCACAUUCCGCCACGCCGCUCUGGACGUGUGCAGAAAAAAGUGGAACGACCACAAGGAGGUCAGUCCUCCCCAAAAACAAGACGAAUGCGUGGCAGUGAAGGGGCACGUAACCCAUGUCUCAUCCCUGAGGAAGGACUUCCCCCUGUGGCCACACAUAGUGAAACAAAUGGAGAUAUCACAUUGACAGAGAACCCUGACAUGGUGGCACUGAUGGUGCAGAUCAGAGAUGAAGAAGCCAGCCCUGUGAUUUUUGCGAUCAAUCAAAACUUGCUUGUCCUGGUGAAAAUAAUUAAUUUGGACUGCUGUGUUCAUCGUGUGGUGUGGUGUUUCACAACACAAGGCAUGGCAAAUGUGGGGCAAGACGAGUUAGUGGUGGUCCUGGAGACACUACCAGAUGAGAAUACAGUUCCACGGGAUAUAUUUUGUUACUUCAGCACAAUUUAUGAGGAAGCUGGCAAAGGUAACAAGGUGGGCCACAUGGGACAUACCAUCUUCACUCAGCAGUUUCUGGAUAACCGCAGUCAUGGGGGCUUUCUUUACCUGCGGGCCUCCUUCCAGUGCACGCACAAGCUCCUACUGCCCUCUCCUCCCUUCUUGUUUGCAGUGCUGCUUCAGAAGUGGGAGACACCCUGGGCAAAGGUCUUUCCCAUCAGGCUUAUGCUGCGACUGGGUGCAGAGUAUCGAUAUUAUCCUUGUCCACUGGUCAGCAUCCGCAAUCGCAAGCCUGUGUUCUAUGAGAUUGGUCACACAAUUAUGAACCUGCUGGCUGACUUCAGGAACUUCCAGUACAUGCUGCCACAGAUAUCUGGGGUUACAAUCCACAUGGAGGACAAAAAGACGCUCAUCAACUUCCCACGCAAUAGAUAUCAAGAGGUGAUGAAGGUUGUGGCCAGCAGCAAUGAACAUGUAAUGGCCCUGGGAGCCAGCUUUAGUUUAGAAGCUGAUUCACACCUGGUGUGCAUCCAGAAUGAGGACUGUAACUACCAGACACAGGCCAUCAACAUCCAGAAUAAACCUCGUAAAGUGACAGGUGCAAGUUUUGUGGUGUUCAAUGGUGCUCUAAAGGCCAGCACUGGUCUGCGGGCCAAGUCCAGCAUUGUAGAAGAUGGCCUAAUGGUGCAGAUACUGCCAGAGACGAUGGCAUCCCUUAAGCAGUCGAUGAAGGACAUGGUGGACUUCUCAGUUGCUUGUGGCAGUGCUUCUGUUCCACAACCUGAAGAGAUGGUCAUUGUUCGUUGGGUGGAAGAUGAUAAAAAUGUCAACAUUGGCGUCAGAAGUGCAGUGGAUGGGAUGAGUUUGGAUGGAGUUGAGAGCAUUCGCGUGCACAAUGCUGCUGACUACAUAACAGAUUAUUAUGCCAUUCGGUGGACUGAAGUCUUCUUCCUACAAACGGAGUCUGGAAGCUCGCGGUGGGAGCCCGUUGACUUGAGCCACGUAGCACAAACGCUGGCAUCAGCUGCCUGCGUGGCCCUGACGCCUCAUCUGGAGCAGCUGAAGCAGGCCAAUCUGGUCAAGAUUGGGCUGCGUGUCACGCUCGAGUCGGAGAGGGUUGGAUACGAAGUGGGAUCAAAUGGACAGCGUUUGUCUGAUUUCUACAUGAAUGAUCUGGACAAUGCUCUUAUUCCGGUCAUUCAUGGGGCAGUGAGCACCAGUCGGGAUGGCCCCAUUGUGCUGGAGCUCAUUUUGCAUGUCAUCAAUUGAUGUCCUGUUGCCAUCAGUGGCAUCAAGCAUCUGAAAUAGGAAUAUUUUUAAAUGUUGACUACUCCCCCACCCCAAUUUGUUAAGGCUGUUACCAAGGAACAGGUGGAAGUAUAUGGUGCACGAGUGAAAAGUCUGUUGGAACAUGAGACAUCACCAAGCUGAUGCAGAAUGGAUGCAAUGAUUGGUCAUGGUUUUUAAUUUGACAGCUGUUAAAGCUCAGGCCUGACUGUGUACCGACUUGUGUUCCUUUCAUUUUGGCCUUUAAAAACUUGUACCUGAGGCAUAGUUAAGCUGGUUGUUGUGGUUUUAGGUGAUUGAGUAGCUAGCUUUAGGAGAACAGGACAAGGCCAAAGUAGUAAACUGCUGGGUUAGAGGUCAGUUGUAAGCAUGUUCAAAAAUGAGAGCCAGGUGAAGGUAAUUUUUGACCAAUAAAUAGUGGCCAGAGACACACCCAGCUGCAGGCUAGUUUUGAGCACUUUGGAAGUAGUUGACAGGUAAUUUUGGAGAUGCCAGAAGAGAUCGGAAGGGGACCACUAGGCAAAGUAAAUGUCGGUGUGGGGAGAGGAGAUUUGUAUAGCUUCUGCAUUCCUUGGGAGUGGAUUAAACACACCCUCCCUCCACCAACCAUGGUUAUAUAUCCCUUAGAUCCAUUAAAUGACUUCACCACUAAAUUGGGCAGAUGAUGGACCACGAGAGGAGUUAGAGUGUUUUCAUGAUUGCACCACUGGUGUCUGUGGGUAGGUGUGCUGUGCAGUCAUGUUCAACACCACAGGAGUUAGAUGGAGGUGAGACACUGGAUGGAAUUUGAAACUCAAUCAGGUGAAAUAUUUAGAAUAUGCUGUCAGGCAUUUUAUAAUGACAUGUGUUAGGAAAAGUAUUGUUUAUAAGGGAAGAUUGGAGUCAUACAAUUGGCUUGUUUAAAUUAGAUUCUUUUGCUUCAACUACAUUUUUAAUGUUUGCCCUCUGAACCAGACCAGUAGACAUUUUUGUUGGUUACCCACUUUGAUGCAGUUUACACAGUAGACAAUGUACAGUUAAAUAUCAUCUCAGUUUCACAUUUUUUUAACAAUUAUGUAUCAUGUUGUUAUAUGAAACAAAUGCUUUUGAAAACAAUUCCUGACCUACUAGGUCCUUGUAGAGCUUUUAAAAUGUACAAGCAACUAGCAUCUAUUAUGUAUCAGUUAUUAUGUUUUUAAUUUUAUUACUGAGCUGAUAGAUCCAUGUAGUGCUUUUCAAAUUUUUGCUUAUUUCACAGAAAUUUACUGCAAGGUAAUGAAUGUGAGGAUGUAGUCUCACCUGUAUUGUUUGUAAUUUGUCAAAAUUAGUGUCAUUUAUAUUUGUCCCAGCUUUAGUGAUGGAAGGACAUUUCCUUUGAGGAAAAACAGUUUUACUAGUUUUCAGCAGUCUUACUAACUACAGUAUAAUGGGUUCGGGUUAGACUAGAAUGCUAAGUAUAGAGAAUAUAGAAUACUAAAGUAUAUUUCAGUAUAAUGGGAGAUUAGUGUAACAUUAUAGUCUAUUCUUAAAAUAACCAAAAGGCUAAAACAGUGUUGGUUGAAAAUGAGAGGAUAACCAGUCGAUGUAUUUUAUCAACGAAUGUUAAGAUUUGUUUACAUGCAAGUUAAAUGAAGAAACGGAUAUGACAUGACAUCAUAAUCAAGUACUUGAAUGUUUCUCCUCCCUGUACACUCUAUUGAAAUAAUUGUUUGGACGAUUUUUUUUCCUUAUUUUUGAAGCUGAGCAAGUCCUCUGUUAACCAGUGAAGUGGUCUGCUUACUCAGUCACACCCUUUGUUACAAGCAUCACAAAGAAAGUUGUGACCUUGAUGCCAAAAGAAUAAGUGCCAAGCCAAGUCUCAUUUUCAAUGAACAAUGCUUUCAUUCUAGAUAUUUAUAUGGAGGCAUUUUUUUUAAGUAUGUACCAAAAUUAAUUUCUUUGUCACCAGUUCAUGGUCAUGAACGGUUUGAAGAAUAAACUUUCCAGGCAACAUUUACAGGACUGGUGAGACUAGAAGGUUGCUUAUAUUUAAAGCACAGUAGAGACUAGAAGGUGACAACAAAUAGUAUUGACAUUUCUUCUCAUGUGGCACAGGAUGGUGAUGCGAGGACUAGCCAUUUGUCAAGACUGUAGACUGGUGUCAUUUGUUAAGACCAGAACUUAUUGGCAUUGCCCUCUUCCUCGGGUGUUGCUUCUGGCUUAAGCCUGAGAGGUGAGGAAUAUGUGGGUGACAAAUUCUGUAGACAUUUACUGCUUUCUUCUUUACCAGAAAUCUAUGUAUUGCAUUACCCCUCUCUGCUUGUGGAGCACCUUGCAGGAUAGAUGGGGUUAAAUUGGUGAGGCAUACAUGUACACUUAUUGUCCAGUCACAGAACUCUUGUGUGGCAUCAAAGUCAUGCUGGUGGUGUGAGGCAUCCUGCUUGGGUGAGGAAACAGUGAUUGCCAUGGGGAGAACACAGCUGCUAGAGUUGGAUGCAGCAAGGAGACAGGCGAGGUCUCUUGGGAGAGACACAACUAUUGCUGCUGAGACCAACAAAGUUGAGAUUUGUUAAAAUAGCAGCACAGGGAGGUGGAAACCCGUCAUGAUGACAGUAUGAUCAUAGUCUUCUCGUCUCCCACUAUGUGUUAUGCUUUUAUUAUGGUUUAAAGGUUUGCUGCAAAUGUACUUGAAGCAUUUGAGGCGCUAUGCACCUGGAAGAUGACUUUUUUUGUUGACUUGAUUCUGCACUGUUUUAGUGGGGUGAGGUUAAUUGUGGAGUUUGAUGCAAGAUCCUAUUUCAUGCUGGUUGUCCAGUUAUCAAAGCCAAUGUGAACAUGGUUUCAUGUGUACAGAGUUCAGGACCCUUGAGGCCUUGAAGGUGUUUCUGAAAGUGGGAUUAUCAAGGGCAGGAUUUGUGAUCACAAGAGUACAAAAAGUAUGUUUUACAUUACUGUCACGCAGAGUGUGGACGAAUUAACGGAGGCAUGUCAUUUCUGUGAAUUUUUAAACAUACUCAGAUUGCAAUAUCAGAAAGUGUUAUGGAACAAAUGAUGAUUUCAGUAAUCAUCUUGUUAACUAUGUUAAAUGUGGGCGAGAUGAGGUCAUGUGUGUUUCUACAUGCAGUGUGUAUGCAUUUGCAUUUUGUGGAAGUAGAUGCAUCAUGUGUAUAUAUAUAAGUACAUGCACACUCCAUACUGUUGGAGGUGAAUAUGUAAGCAGUAUAACCUGAGCAUUUUAUUGAAAUUGAAGAAAGGGGCGAUGUGAAGAACCUUUAAAUCUACCAGUGUAUACUGUCUUGUAGCAGUGUACUUGUACGAGUGUAUAUAUCACAUUUGGAUGAAUACCGUACACUGAGUGCAGGCCACAGUUCCCCUAGACACCCGUAGAAACAGGAUUGGUAGAUUUCAAGACCCUUUGUUUGCUGGUGACGUAGAGUGAGUGUGGUUAAGUGAAGUAGAGUGUGCGAUAUAGCAGCAUAGAGGUGCUUGUGUGAUUUCAGGGACAGGCCAGCAUUCUAACCCAUUCUUUUGCCACCUCACUCACACGCACACACACAAAACAUACAGAUUCUUGGCAACGAGCUAAGAUACUGGCCUUACCUGAUAAAAUACCAAAUGUUAACAAAUCUAUUUAUUUUCUGGCACUUGACAAUAAAUGUGUGCUGAGCAACAGUU